AUGAGAGAACUGGUCAGGAAGCAAAAGAAAAACCACACCAGCAAACUCCAUGAGUUGGCAUUGCUGCUACCUGUGGCCCCAAGGACCAGCUGCAAGAAGCUCACCAAGGUAUGUGGACGAAAAGACAGGAGGGGGAGGAAGGAGAUUCUGCUGCACGUCCUGCACUACAUUCAGUACCUGCAGAGAAACAUCGAUGUGGCCCAGGCCUUGCUGACCUUCCACGCCGCUAAUGGGGAGGGUGAAGUCGAGGGGGCUGUCCAGAAUGGAGGACUUGGAGUGGGGGUGAGGGCCUCUGACCUGUCUUCUCCUCGGUCCUGUGCAGGGCGGGGUCGGAACCCCACUGCGGGCUCAGCGAGGCGGAGACACCUCACCCCAUCCAGCUCCCCGCACUCUUGUGAGUCCUGUGUCCGGGGGGCCUGUCAAAAGCCUCGGAAGAAGAAGCUGACCCGACCCACAGAACGCCAGACCCGGGGCCAGAACCCUCGUCGCUGUCUGGCCCUGGACAAGCCCAAGAAGCAGGUGGCCCCACCCUCGGACCAGAAAGGAAGAGACGUGGAGGGGCCCGCCGCUCCACCAAGAUGCGCUGACUCCCACGCUCGCCCCGAGGCUGCUUUGUCCUUGCCUCAAGGCUGCUCCUGCAGAAACAGCGCCCAGGGUGAUGGGCCUUACCCUGCCUUCGGGGCCCAGCAAGGGGCUGAGAGGACCUAUUUGGUCAACGGAACACAGUCCUAUCCCAGCUCUGUGAGGGCCCAACCUCAGACUGAUAAGCUUUCUGCCCUGAGGUCGUGCCCCGGGGAGACAGCUCACCCAGGGAACUUCACCUCUUGCAGGCAGCAGCUGGCCGUAUACGAGUCCAGCGAGGAGGCGGACAAGGAGGCCCCAGACGCUGACCCUUGGCUUCCUGCCUGGACCCCAGAGGGCAUCCCCCUAGGGAGCCCACUGCCUUUGGGGCCCCCUCAGAUUGACAACCGGAGUGUGACGGGUCCCCUGAGUGAGAUCCUAGGCCUCAGCCCUUCCCUCUUCAGCUCCCCGGGGAAAGCGCUGCCUGUAGAGACCUUGGAGGACAGCAGCCUGUACCUAACCCAAGCUCUCUUUGAGGAAAUUUUCUUCGAUGCCAUGUCUUCGCCUGCUGGCUGCGUGCUGGAGGUUCCGCAGAAGGAGACCCAAGGGGCGUUCGGGGCAGUUGUCCUGAAUCUGAGCUGUUUCUCACGUUCCUUUCCUAGGAGAGCCAAGAGUGGGGGCGAGAAGGGCACCGCCGGCUCUGCUCACGUCCCUCCAUCUUUCUCCUUCACCUCCCAGGACUCACCCCGUGAGGCCUCCAAGGACCUUCCUGACUCCCGCCGCAGCCUGUGCCAGUGCCUGGGCUCGGGGGACCCCCCCUCGCUGAGUGAGGACAGCUCCGGCUCUGAGGACUCGGUCACCGACUCGGACGUGGAGAUGGCGUGGGCGCAGCAGGACACUCCGGCCGACCCCGAGGGCCCCAGGUCCGUGAGCGAUGAGGACGGAGACUACACGUGGACCCCCAGCCGCCAGUUCUCGACCUUGGCCUCGGCCAGGAGGAAGGCCAGGAAGGGCCAGGCAGGCAGGGGCCCUGUGAAACCCAAGAACAAGAAAGUUCCCUGCUCCACUCAGAUGAAGAAGAAGUGUGUCAACGGCUUCAUCAUGUUCUGCAGGAUGAACCGGAAGCAGUAUAUCAGAGCCUGCCCGGGGACAGCAUCCACGGCUGCCACCAAAGAGCUGGCCCAGCUCUGGCGGGAGAUGACGGAGCAGGAGCGGAAGCCGUACUGCAUCAAGGCGCGGAGAUUCAGCCGCCAGCACAACCGGAUUGUGAAGAAAGAGAGCUCCAGCAGCGACGACGAGGACUGGGGGGUGCCCAAGCCCUUCUAUCAGCUGCUGGCGGACAAGGCCCGCUCUGCCUCAGGGCCCGCCGCUCAGCUGCUUUCUCACCGCUAAUGAGAGGGCACCGCGCCUGGCCUCCCCGCCACCUCGCAGCUCCGCGGCUCGCUGGAAACCAGGAGCGCGGGGAGGAUGUUGCCCCUCCCGGGCCCCACCCCCGCCAGCAAAGUCCCCUUGGCCAGUUCCCUGGGGCUGGAAGGCGGAGGUUUUCUGAUUCCGAUGUUUUGUGUUUGUUUUUUACGUGGGCAGCUGAACCCUGCCCUUCCCCAGCUCCUUUCUCCUGGGGAAGGAGGACCUGAAUGAAAUGCGGGGAGGCAAAGUUACGAAGAAGGGGCUCCCUCCACCCCUGUGCACUGACCUGCCUUGGCCCACCCCAGAAUCAAAUGGUUUCAACCCUGUUGAAAUUGUUCUCACCUUAUCCUACUCCUCUCUCCAGUUCUAUUUAUAGGUUAUUUAUUGCUGCCAACAAAAUAAAGUAAAACCCUUGUUACCAGUAAGGGACAUUCAGCAAGCUGCCGUGGUCCCCUGCUCCCUCAGCCCUGGGGGCGCUCCUUCUACCCUGGAUCUGGGGGCCCCAGUUUGAAAGCAGCUGGCACCCUCCUCGCCUGG